AUGCCGAGAAGCAACAACAAAUUGGGUAUCUUUGGAGCAAUCAGUUACAUUGCAGGAUCGAUCAUUGGAGCUGGCAUUUUCGUUUCUCCAAAAACCGUUCUCGAGCAUUCCGGCUCGAUCGGGCUCUCACUUCUUUGUUGGCUGAUUGGAGCGGUGAUCGCUCUGCUAACAGCUUUGGUUUACAUCGAAUUGGCGACAUCGAUUCCGAUUAAUGGUUCCGAUUUUGCUUAUAUAAAUUUCGUGAAAUGGAAACCGUUAGCAUUCGCUUUUCUUUGGCUUUCCAAUUUGAUUCAAUCCUCUUGUGUCUGCGCAAUUCUCUUUGAAACUUUUGGCAGUUACAUGCUCGAAUCUCUUUCUCCUUUCAAUUUCGCAUUCACUCAAACGUCACGAAAAUUACUUCAGCAAUUACUUGGUUUCUCAUUGAUUUGGCUUCUUCUAUGGGCGAAUUUCUUUUCCCUGAAAAAGUACGCCUCCAAAAUUCAAAUCGUCAUCACUAUCAGCAAAUUGAUUGCAAUUUCGACAUUGAUUAUCACUGGGUUUUAUUAUAUGAUUUUUAAAGUAAAUCAAUCACAUCUUUCAUUUGAUGUUUUGUGGAAGGACUCAAAAAGUGAUCCGGGCUCAAUCGUUCUCUCAUUGUAUGCUGGCAUCUGGGCUUAUGGUGGCUUUGAUACGCUCAAUUUUGGAACUGAAGAUAUUGAACAGAAAGAUAUUAGAAAAAUCCUCCCAAUCGCUGUGAUUGGUGGUCUCUCGAUUGCUGCAAUCACUUAUCUUCUCGUAAACAUCGCUUAUUUCAUCAUUCUCACUCCACAAGAAAUUCUUAACUCCGAUGUGGUGGCUAGUAAAUUCAGCGAGAAAACCCUUGGCGAUUUGUCCUAUAUAAUGCCUGUAAUCAUUGCUCUUUUAAUGAUCAGUGCAAUCAAUUCCGAUCUUUUUGCCUGGAGUCGCUCGUUACUGGCUGGAUCACGAGCGAAAAUGAUGCCAAAAUUUCUGUCACUUAUCCAUGAGGAAAGCGGAUCACCCCGAGUGGCCCUCUUUUUCCAUGUCUCUCUCGCGAUUUGCGUUUCAUUCGUUGGCCAAAUCGAAACGCUCAUCAAUUGGGCAAUGGUGGCAAGUACAAUGAGCAGUACAACCACAGUGGCAGCUUUGAUUUUUCUCCGUCUCAAGCGAAUUCCCGUCAAUCCACUGGCUAUCAAGGUGAAUGGCACUCCCAAAGUCGUCAACUCAUCCCAACAACCACAGAGACCCCGACCGCAAUCUGAACAACCCGGACAACCACCAUUUAAACCACAGCAAUCACCCGCCUCUCCACCACAAUCACCUCAGACUCAACCACUUCCACCUCCACCUCCACCAGCUCCAGCUCUAGUUCCGGCUCCAGUUCCAGCUCCACCAGCUCCAGCUCUAGUUCCAGCUCCAGUUCCAAUUCCAGCUCCACAACCAUCGCCAGCUCCUCAACCACAACCAUCACCUAUGCCUCAACCACAACCCAUGCCAGUGCCAGCUCCAGCCCCAGCUCCACCCCCAGCUCCAGCUCCAGCUCCAGCUCCAGCUCCAGCCCCAGCUCCAGCUCCAGCCCCAGCUCCAGCCCCAGCUCCAGCUCCAGCUCCAGCUCCAGCUCCAGCCCCAGCUCCAGCUCCAGCUCCAGCCCCAGCUCCAGCUCCAGCUCCAGCUCCAGCUCCAGCUCCAGCACCAAUCCCUCCUCAACCACAACCAGCUCCGGCUCCUGUUCCAGUUAUAACUCCAUUCCCAGCACCCAUGCCUCAGCCACAGCCUCAGCCUCAGCCUCAGCCACAGCUUCAGCCACAGCCUCAACCGCAGCCUCAACCCCAGCCAAGUCCUGCACCAAUGAUGCCCCAGCCUCAGCCUCAACCUCAGCCCGUUCCAGCAUCUGUAGCCAUUCCAUCUUCAGCUCCUAUGCCAUUCAUCACUUUCCCGUCUCGACCAUUGCAAAGAUUCCCCUUUCCACCACGAUCGUGUCGGCCAACUUGCCAACAAAUCCCUGUUUUCACAACGGAAUUCUCCGAUCAUGAUCCGUGCACAUGGACAUUCCGACGUGGUUCUCAAUCAUUGAGCUGUGAUCGUUGUUGCCGCAGUCAAAUCUCUUCUCGUCACUGGAAUCGGCUUUCAUCCCGUCUUUCAUUCGACGGUCGUCAAUCAUUUUGCUCUUGUUGCACACAAUCUUUCUGUUUUAAUGGAGAA